AAACCGAUAGUAUUACUCUUUUUUUAACAUCUACUGUCCUGCUACAGGUUUCAUCAGAAUUUAAAAAAAUUAAAAAACUAUUGUUUUGUUUGAAUUUUGUGUGGAAAAUUAAGCGCCCUCUCUCCGAUCCUUUCUCACCACCUAAAAAAAGAAAAAGUGGAAAUCCGGUACCCAAAAGAGUGGGUAAAAGUCCGUGAGGUUCAAAAGUCAUCGAACUCUGGUAUCCCUCCCUCAUCAGUAUCUUCAUCAACAUCAUGAAAGCACUUCAGACUGUGGCAUAAUCCAGAGAAUUCCAGACGAUCCAGCUCUGGUGGAGAUACCUGACGUGACAGCGGAUCAGCUGCACUCUCGGCUGGGCAGAGCUCUGUAAUUAUCCUAUGGCCCAGUGACCCUCAUUUCCCCUCAGCAGCGUGAUAGUAUCAUCUUCAGCCAGCCAAUGCGACCUCUCCAUUCGGAUUCCACUCAACUUUCUAAAACCACUGGGCGAGGAAUUUUUUUUUAAACUCUUUCAAAACAUUUUGAGGUGAGGAAGCGUAAACAUGGCACUCCAGGUACAAGAGCAAAGGAACUAUGAAUUCGUGCUCAAGAGUCUUCUCGCUGGAGGUGUGGCGGGAAUGUGCUCCAAGACUGCGGUUGCACCGUUAGACAGAAUUAAAAUUCUUUUGCAGGCUCAUAGCAAGCAUUAUAAACAUUUGGGCGUUUUCUCCGGACUCAAGGAAAUUGUGCACAGAGAGAAAUUCUUUGCUCUUUACAAAGGAAACUUCGCCCAGAUGAUAAGAAUUUUUCCAUACGCAGCUACCCAAUAUACAUCUUUCGAAAUGUACAAAAAGUACUUAGGAACUAUUUUUGGAAAACACACGCACAUAGACAAGUUCUUCGCGGGCUCAUGUGCUGGAGUGACUGCUGUUACAUUGACAUAUCCUCUUGAUACGAUCAGAGCAAGAUUAGCAUUUCAAGUGACUGGGGAGCAUAUUUACACUGGCAUUGUUCACACCGCCGUGACGAUUUUUAAAGACGAGGGGGGACUAUCGGCCCUCUACAAAGGCUUCUGGCCCACAAUUUUCGGUAUGAUCCCCUAUGCCGGCUUCUCCUUCUACUCCUUCGAGUAUCUAAAAUUCCUCAGCAUGAAGUACGCACCCCAGUACCUCUGCAAUGACUGUCCCCGUAAUACAGGUGGCCUUGUAUUAACAUUGCCAGCGAAAUUACUCUGUGGGGGUAUCGCAGGAGCUGUAGCACAAAGCUUCUCCUAUCCACUAGACGUCACCAGAAGACGAAUGCAAUUAGCCAUGAUGAAUCCUGCUACACACAAAUAUGGCUCUGGGAUGAUAUUGACAAUGAAACUCAUUCACAAGGAGAAUGGCAUCGUCAAAGGGUUGUAUCGAGGCAUGAGCAUUAACUACCUCCGUGCCAUUCCAAUGGUAUCAGUCAGCUUUACCACUUACGAAGUUAUGAAACAAUUGCUCGAUCUCGAUACUGGUAUGAAAAUUUAACCAGAAUAGAUACGUAUUUUUCUCAUUGAUGAAUGUCAAAUGAGUACCAGUGGGAGAAACUUUAUGAAUAGAAUGAAGAAAAAAUGAAAGAAACUUUAUCUCGUGGUCUGUGACAUUUGAGGUCGAUGGAAAUGACACGAGGAGAAUUCUACAUACAUUCUUGAAUGAGGAUGAGAGACAGCCGUUGUUGACAGUAAUAGUUACUAGAUGAUUAUUUAAUUAUUCUUUUCUGAGACUGGCCAAUGUACAAAAUGCAUUAUCUCUCAAUUUAUUUUGAUUAAUUACUGGAUUAAUAGGGGAGGACUCAACCCAAUUGAGGUAGAUGAUAAAAAUAUUCCUAACUUAAUUUGGAAAGAUUUCAAGAAUUAAGAAAGAGAACAAAAGUGUCAACUUUUCCUAAGAAGAAAGGUGCACAAAAUCAUUAUUAUAAAAAAUUUGGGUUCCUAUUAUUUUCUGUAUUAAUAUGGUUGUAGGGUUUUAGACAGUAAACGACUCUUUUCUCGAAAUUGUAAAAUUAAAUAUGAGAAAUAAACAGAAAUAUUUUUUUA